CACAGACCUGGCUGGCAAUCCACCUCUGAUCAGCUUGCAGUGUGGAUCAGUCCACUUAACAAGUCCACACCGGAUUACCCACGUCCAUGUAAUGCUUUGUGUCAGGCAGAGCAGCACUAAUCAGCAGAUUAUCUGAGACAAGCGGCGUGCCUCACAUCCAUCAGCAAACCUGAAUGGAACGCAGGCUGCGAGGCUGCCCAAUGUCUUCCUAAACAGAGUAUACAGAAACUGCGCGCUUCGUCAAAAUGCCUCUGAGCCGGUCCUUGUCUGUCAGCUCCCUGAACGGCCUUCCCCAAUGGGACGACGAACAGCUCCCUGUGGGUGACUUGCUAUUCUUUGAGAUCUCGUGGGAAGUGACAAAUAAAGUCGGUGGCAUCUAUACGGUGAUCCAGACUAAAGCCAAGAUCACGGCGGACGAAUGGGGAGACAAUUAUUUCAUGAUUGGCCCAUAUUAUGAGCAAAACGUCAGGACCCAGGUGGAGAUCUGUGACCCUCCAGAUCCUGUCAUUGCUAAAGCCAUCGAUACCUUACAAGCCAACGGGUGCCAGGUAUAUUUCGGUCGAUGGCUCAUUGAAGGAAGUCCAUUCGUCAUUCUGUUUGACAUUGGGUCUGCGGCCUGGAAUCUGGAUCGGUGGAAGGGAGAAUUUUGGGAAGCGUGCAGUGUGGGGAUCCCAUUCCAUGACCGAGAGGCCAACGAUGCUCUUAUAUUUGGGUCUCUCACCGCUUGGUUCUUAAAAGAGGUUUCAGAUCACAUAGAGGACAAACUGAACCUUAUUGCGCACUUCCAUGAAUGGCAGACAGGGCCGGGCUUAGUUCUCACUCGUUAUCGAAAUCUACCUGUGGCCACCAUCUUCACAACCCAUGCCACUCUGCUGGGGAGAUACCUGUGCGCAGCCAACGUGGACUUUUAUAACAAGUUAGACCAGUUUGAUAUAGAUAGGGAGGCGGGCGAACGACAGAUCUACCAUCGCUACUGCAUGGAGCGGGCCUCAGUGCACUGCGCGCAUGUCUUUACCACCGUGUCUCAGAUCACCGGCAUCGAGGCGGAGCACAUGCUGAAGAGAAAAGCAGAUGUAAUUACUCCAAACGGAUUAAAUAUUAAGAAAUUCUCAGCGAUGCACGAGUUUCAGAACCUACACGCUAUGUAUAAAGCACGAAUCCAGGAGUUUGUCCGAGGACAUUUCUAUGGACACCUGGAUUUUAAUCUGGAAAAGACAUUGUUUUUCUUCAUUGCUGGAAGGUACGAGUACUCCAAUAAGGGGGCAGAUAUAUUCCUGGAGGCACUGUCACGGCUAAACUUCCUGCUCCGGGUUCACCGAAGUGAUGUGACUGUUGUGGUGUUUUUUAUUAUGCCAACAAAGACGAACAAUUUCAACGUAGAGACUUUGAAGGGACAAGCGAUUAGAAAGCAACUAUGGGACACGGCACAUUCUGUCAAAGAAAAGUUUGGCAAGAAACUCUACGAGGCUCUGCUACGGGGUGAAAUUCCAGAUUUAAAUAAGAUUCUGGAUCGAGACGACCUGACAAUCAUGAAAAGGGCCAUUUUCUCUACUCAGCGUCAGUCUCUGCCCCCGGUGACCACACACAACAUGGUGGAAGAUUCCACAGACCCCAUACUUAAUACCAUCCGACGGAUUGGGCUUUUCAACAACCGUGUAGACAGAGUGAAGGUGAUUGUACACCCGGAAUUCCUGUCCUCCACCAGUCCUCUCCUGCCCAUGGAUUACGAGGAAUUUGUCCGCGGCUGUCACCUGGGUGUAUUUCCAUCGUACUAUGAGCCCUGGGGGUACACUCCAGCUGAAUGCACCGUGAUGGGAAUCCCGAGUGUCACCACUAACCUGUCGGGGUUCGGAUGUUUUCUACAAGAACAUGUGGCUGAUCCGACUGCGUAUGGAAUAUACAUUUCUGAUAGAAGGUUUCGCUCUCCUGACGAGUCGUGUAAUCAGCUAACGCAAUUCUUGUAUAGUUUCUGCCAACAAUCCCGACGCCAAAGGAUCAUUCAAAGAAACCGUACUGAGAGACUUUCAGACUUGUUGGACUGGAGAUACCUGGGCCGGUUUUACAUGCACGCCCGGCACCUCUCCCUCUGCCGCAUGUUCCCAGAUCGCUUUCAGAUGGAACCAAGUGCUCCCCCAAAGACGGAUGGGUUCCGCUUUCCGAGACCCUCUUCUGUCCCCCCAUCACCAUCAGUCUCACAACCAUCCAGUCCUCAUCACAGUGAUGAUGAAGAUGAGGAUGAUGAAGACGAUUUUGAAAGAUAUGAUGAGGAUGAAGAAGCCGAGAAGGAUCGUCAGAACAUAAAGUCCACAUUUUCUCUCGAACAAAUUUCAAUCAGAAAGAAGAAAAAGCACGGAGAGAACAGGAACUAAAACGAACAUUGUACAUAGUAUGGAGAAUACACACGAUACAUUAUGCACAGUAUAGAGAGGACACAUCAUGGACAGUACACACAAUACAUUGUACACAGUAAAGAGUACACACGAUACAUUAAACACAGUUUGGGGAGUACACACGUUACAUUGUACACAGUACAGAGAGUACACACAAUACAUUGUACACAGUAUAGAGAGUACACACGAUACAUUAAUCACAGUUUGGGGAGUACACACGUUACAUUGUACACAGUAUAGAGAGUACACACAAUACAUUGUACACAGUAUAGAGAGUACACACGAUACAUUAAACACAGUUUGAGGAGUACACACGUUACAUUGUACACAGUACUGAGAAUACACACAAUUCAUUGUACACAAUAUGGAAAGGGUCACCCACUACACAAUCAGAGCACACAAGAUAACACACAGAACAUUCACAGGGUGUACGACACAUUGCAGUGCAAACACUAGAUUUUGUACAUUAUGUGAAACGUGUCAAUGUCUAAACAUGUGCAAUGGCUUUACAAUACACACAGUUCACAAGACAACACACUCCAACACAACACAUCCUACACACUCUGCAAAAAGAGACUCCCACAACAUGAGACUCUCUCCCCCGCCUGGUGAACGGCCUGAUCUAUUGUGAUUUUAUAACAGUAGUUGAACAUUCUCUGUAAUAGAAAAAUGAUAGAGUGUUAUCUAAAUGUAGCCUAACAAGGUGAUAAACCUGUGACAAGGUGUGAUAGACAAUAAAAUACAUUGCAUAUUGA